CUACUACAUUGUACCACACCCUAUUCUCUAUAACCAUAUUAUUUGGCAAACUUCUCUAUCUUCUCUUCUCUCUAUUAAAUCUUUUCGUCACAUCGUUCUCUUCUACUCUAUUCCACUCAUCUGCACGUAGCAAAACGAUUUUCCUUAUUUCCUCCUACAAUUAAUAACUUUCACCAUCAACUUCUUCUUAAUUAGCCUUCAAAUUAGGAGCUAGGUAGCUAGAUCAACUUUCCCUUUCAUUUGGAGAUCCAUCACUUAUACUCAAAGGUUGCUAUGGAUUUAGAGUUGCAAUAUCAAGAAGAGUUCUGGAGGAACUCAAGGGGAGUGCAACUAUUCACUUGCAAAUGGUUGCCAUUAUCUUCUCCAAAGGCUCUGGUUUUUCUUUGCCAUGGCUAUGGCAUGGAAUGCAGUCGUUUCAUGAGAGAAUGUGGAGUAAGGCUAGCUUGUGCCAAAUAUGCUGUGUAUGGUAUUGAUUAUGAAGGACAUGGACGUUCUGAAGGUGUUCGUUGUUACAUUAAGAAGUUUAAUAACAUUGUUAAUGACUGUUAUGACUUUUUCAAGUCAAUUAGUGAUCUCGAAGAGUAUAAGGGAAAGGCUAGGUUUUUGUAUGGAGAGUCCAUGGGUGGAGCAGUUAGUCUACUUUUGCAUCAAAAAGACCCUUCUUUUUGGGACGGUUCCGUUCUUGUCGCACCCAUGUGUAAGAUAUCAGAGAAGGUGAAGCCACACCAAAUUGUGAUCAACAUACUGACUAAAGUAGAAGAUAUCAUACCAAAGUGGAAGAUUGUUCCCACAAAGGAUGUCAUCAAUUUAGCCUUCAAAGAUCCAGCCAAAAGAGAAAGGAUAAGGAAAAACAAGUUGAUUUACCAGGACAAACCCAGGUUAAAAACAGCUCUAGAAAUGUUAAGAACCAGCAUGAAUCUUGAAGACACCUUAUACAAGGUAACCAUGCCAUUUUUUGUAAUGCAUGGAGAAACAGAUACAGUGACAGAUCCAGAAGUAAGUAGAGCAUUAUAUGAGAGAGCCAGUAGCAAAGACAAGACAAUUAAAUUGUACCCUGGUAUGUGGCAUGGUUUAACAUCUGGUGAGCCUGAUGACAACAUUGAAAAAGUCUUUGAAGACAUCAUAACAUGGCUUGACAAACACGCCAACAAUAAUGCUGCUGCUUAUGAGACUUCACAAACAAUUGAGACUUGUGACACGGAGAAUUUCACACCAGUUGUAUCAUCAGCAAAGACUUUGAAGGAGACACAAAGGCGAAAAUUCUAUCUUUGUGGGUUGAGAGGAAGUCGUUUGUUACAUCACUCGGCAACAUAGGCGGUAAUAAUCACACUGUCGUGGUAGGGACUAUGACAACGAUAUAUAUACCAGUGUAGUGUGUAAGGAACACUCACUUUAAUAUUCACUUUUCAACAUUCACGCUCUUAUUAGGUGAAAUUCAUGUGGGUUCCAUCACUUUGAAAAUGAAUCCACAUAAAUUGGCCAGAACUCACAUGAUAUCAUCUAAUAGAAGUGUGCGUGUAAGAGAGUGUCAAAGUAAGUGUUUGAUCAUAACGUACUAUUCCUAUACUGUUUUACUGUGGACCUCUCAAAUUUUCACUGUGUUAUUUACUUUUCAUCUUCUGCUUCUGUGACUGUGACUUUAGUGAUCCAAAUUGUUUACAAAAGUAAAGCAAAGCUCCGCAAUGCAAUGCUCCAAA